GCCGAGUAUACCGUGGACCAUAACAACGAGAUGAUCAGCAGAAGAAGAAUCGGAUUCGUUGCAGCUCCAGACAUCCCGGCUUCCGUCUGCCGAUUCCGACGAGCAGACUGCGUUAUCCACCGUCCCGUUCUCCGCGGCGGUUCCGUUCUCCAUAAUCGUUACAGAAUUUCCCUGCCGCCGGCUACCCUUUUUCCUUGUCCCGGCGGUCAGUUGAUUUGCAUUUGAAAAACGGGUCGACAAGAUCUGCCGAUUCCCCGCGGCAAAUGUACCCGGGAAGUAACUUGGUAAGAGAAAAGACAGAGAAAAGAAAGUGGAGGGAUAAUUGAGUCUCAACUGUACUGCGUUGCCAAAGGUAGUUGGAGGAGGAAAAAUGGCGGUGAUGAUGACUGGUGAGAGGGGAGAGAAAGCCGAACGCGUAGGAAAGCUUAACGACAGGGUUACGAAU